ACGCAGGUGGCGGUCGCCGCAGGGGUCUCUGCUCCUCCCAGAGAGAGGUGGUCCAGUGACGUCACUGAGACUUUAAGACCCCUUGCCUCCGCCCUCCUUCCUACUUUCCACCUGGGAAUCUUAGCAGUCUCUUUUGCAGGCUCGGAUAUCAGGGGUGGCCAAGCCGGACAGGACGCCCGCAGACAGAGCUGCCUGAGCAUUCGCCCCCCUCCACCUCACCAUGGCCUCUACUGGUCUGCAGAUCUUGGGGAUCGUCCUGACCCUACUUGGCUGGGUCAAUGCCCUGGUGUCCUGUGCCCUGCCACUGUGGAAGGUGACCGCCUUCAUCGGCAACAGCAUCGUCGUGGCCCAGAUGGUGUGGGAGGGGCUGUGGAUGUCCUGCGUGGUCCAGAGCACUGGCCAGAUGCAGUGUAAAGUGUACGACUCACUGCUGGCGCUGCCCCAGGACCUGCAGGCUGCCAGAGCCCUCUGUGUGGUCACCCUCCUCAUCGUCCUGCUUGGCCUGCUUGUGUACCUGGCCGGAGCCAAGUGCACUACCUGUGUGGAAGACAAGAACUCCAAGUCUCGCCUGGUGCUCAUCUCUGGAAUCAUCUUCGUCAUCUCCGGAGUCCUGACCCUCGUUCCUGUCUGCUGGACUGCCCACGCCAUCAUCCAAGACUUCUACAACCCCUUGGUUGCUGACGCUCAGAAGCGGGAGCUGGGGGCCUCCCUCUACCUGGGCUGGGCGGCCUCGAGCCUUUUGCUGCUAGGCGGGGGUCUGUUGUGCUGUGCCUGUUCUUCUGGAGGGACCCCGGGACCCGGCCAUUACAUGGCCCGCUAUUCUACAUCUGUCCCACAUUCUCGGGGCCCCUCUGAAUACCCCACCAAGAAUUAUGUGUGAUGCUCACUUCGGAGUGAGGCUCUACAAGCCGGGGGGGAACCUGAGCUGAGCAGUCAGGAAAGGAUGCUGAGUAGGUUUGGGGGGUGUCUUGCUUUCUUGUUUUUCUUUUGCAGUACUGGGUAUUGAACCUGGGGCCCCGCGCAUUCAGGAGGCAAGCACUCCACCAGUGAGCCGCGUGGCACCCUGCCCCUUGGGUUGGUCCCACCUGCUUUUGAGGCGGGCUCUCCUCUCCUUGUGCAUCUGACUGACCUCCAGCUGAAGUGUUCCUGCCUCAGCCUGAGUCCGAGCUCCACCUCUCUCUGCUGCUGGCCUCUCUCGCUUUUAGCUACUGCGGCUGGAAGGAUGAGACAUUUGAGUUCCUGCGUCUUUUCAUUCUGGCCAUCUUCUGUGCAAAGUGGCUUACAGCUGCCUGUGAAUCUGGCCUUUGUUUUUCUCAAAAUGGCCUGUCCCAAGAGUCCCAGCUGUGGCUGGAGGUAACUCACAGGACAGACUGCCCCCGCCCUGGUCAGACUUCUCUUCCCAGUCCUGGAAGGGCAGGUGAUAAGUUACCAAAGAAUUUUCUACCCUGAGACUUCCAACCUUUGGCCCCUGAAUCCCAUCACCAAGGUUACUGUGUACUCUCCCAGCUGUGCUAUAGACCCUCCCCCCCAUACCUCUAACCUUGCACAUUUCCCUGCCCACACAACGUUUUACUAAAUAAAACAAGAUUUUUUUUUCUUA